AUGGCCGCUAAUUUUCCUUCGGAGGCCAAAUGAGACUAUAGAUGAUAUUUAUAUUGUUUGAUGGUUAUGCAGUGGGUACUGAAAAGAGGUAUUAUGCACCUGAAACCCAUUCCUCAGUAAUUACAAAAUCCAAAGAAAACUAUUAGAAAAGAAAUUCAGACAGCCAACUCUUUUGACUUGGAUACAACUGAAUCCACUUAGCAUCAAGUAGCUAUCUCAUGCCUCAGACUCUGUUCAUACUCACUCUUGAUUUUUCUGUGAGGUAAUGCAAAAAAUCCAGGCCAAGAUUCAAUACAUAUAGAGUUAUACGCAACAUAAUUCUUAGAAAACAAAGAAGUUUAAGGAAUGGCACUAUUCACGGACAUGUCAUCUUCUUUGAUGUCUGUUAUGCUGGUAGGAGCUACCACAAUGCUUCUUGUGGCAACAAUUCUACUGAAACGCCAUAGGAUCCAUCUCCCUCCAGGCCCCAGAGCUCUUCCUGUAAUUGGCCACUUUCAUCUUCUCAUAGAUAAAACUAGGCCGAGCUCUUCCUGUAAUUGGCCACUUUCAUCUCCUCAUAGAUAAAACUAGGCCAAUUCACCAGAUUCUACGCUCACUUUCAACACAGUAUGGACCUAUUAUGCAUCUAAAAUUUGGUAGCUGUCCUGUUUUAGUGAUAAGUUCUUCAGCUUUAGCCAAAGAAUCUCUUACAAUAAAUGACAAGUCUUUCGCAUCUCGCCCCUCUCUUGCACAAGGUCAGCAUUUGGGUUACAAAAAUUAUAAUCUGGGUUGGGCUCCUUAUGGACCCUAUUGGCGAAAUGCUAGAAAAAUUUGUGUACUUGAGAUUUUGUCUUUGAAAAGAAUCCAAGAUUUUCGAACCAAGAGAAAGCAAGAAAUUUAUGAAGCAGUAAAUUCUUUGUUUCAGCAGGCACAGUUGCAAAGUAUUGUUAACAUGAGAAGCGUUUUGUCCAGAUUGACUUUCAAAAUUCUGAUGACUAUGAUUAUAGAUGAGAAGUACUUCGGAGAGGAAUCAGGAAUUUCGGUAGACUUAAUUACCCACCUGAUCGAAGAAUCCUUUAUUCUUCAUGGAGUAAUUGAUAUUGGGGAUUAUAUUCCCUGGUUGAAGUGGUUUGAUUUGCAAGGGUAUGUGAAGGCUAUGAAGAAGGUAAGGAUUGAAAGACGGGUAAGAGAUGGAAGACUUUAUUGAUGUGCUGAUCUCACAGGCAGAGACGAAUGGUGAAGAAAUUCCUGACAAAGAUGCAUUCAUUAAAGCAACUGCUAUUGUUUUGUUUGGUGCAGGCACUGAUACAUCUUCAGUUGUCCUAGAGUGGGCAUUGUCAUUGUUAUUGCGACAUGCCCAUGUAAUGAUGAAGGCACACGAGGAACUUGAUACUAAAGUUGGAAGGAAGAGACUGGUGGAGAAGUCAGAUAUACCCCAGCUAACAUACCUGCAAGCAAUAGUGAAAGAGACUCUGCGUCUUUAUCCACCAGGGCCUUUGUUGAUGCCACACAAAUCUAUAGAGGCUUGCACAGUGGGAGGCUACCAUAUUUCUGCAGGAACAAUACUGAUGGUAAAUGCAUGGGUAAUUCAGAGGGACCCAAAAGUGUGGAAUAAACCACUGGAUUUCAUACCAGAGCACUUUAUGGAGAAAGGGAUAGAGAUGGACAGCAUGCAAAUGAGAGGGAAUGAAUUUGAGAUACUUCCAUUUGGGACAGGGAGAAGAGGAUGUCUUGGUACUUCUUUGGCAAUGAGUAUGGUGCAAACAACUCUUGCAAGUUUGUUGCAGAGCUUUGAUUGGUUUGUUCCAGAUGGAAGAGUUCUUGGCAUGAAUGAAGGGGUUGGUUUGACAAUGCCAAGGGCGGUGCCUUUGGAGGUUAGGAUCAAGCCUCGUCUUUCCCAUCAUCUUUAUCACAACUAAACUGUUGAACUGAAAUCUUUUGACUACAGAAUAAGAAUCAUGUUAGUCAAAAUAAAGAAGAAAUAAGCAAUCUACUUCAGCUUAAUGCCAAGGAGAGGCUUUUGAAGUUGCUAUGUACAUAUUAUUUCCAUGGAAUGCCGCCUAAUAUGGGGAUAUUAUGGUAACCAUC